AUUGAAUGUUAUAGGAACAUGAAACUAAGAGCUGGCACCAGACGAAUAAAGUUGACGCUUUAUUUUAAAAGGAUGUUUCUUGGUUAAGGCUUACAAGUCACAAAUGGAGCAUUUCCUGAAUGCAAAUGUUUGCUAUGAUAGAUGUGAGAAACUGUUGUUUGGUCAUUUCAAAGUUUAAAGCAACAUGCGUGUUUCUAAUUGUAGUACAUGGUUUAUCUCUCAAAGGUUUCAAAGAGGUGAGAAAAAAAUUUAAUAACCUAUCUAUGAAAAAACCUAUUUCCUAUCUUUAAAAUUUUUCUUCCAAAUAGGAGCUACUAGCUCUUCCUGCCUUUGUUUAUUUCUUGGCAUAUUAAAUCUCCUUGGACAUUUAAUCUAAUAAGAGAUUAGAGCAGAUUUACUGGUUUUAAGGAUGUUGAAAGAUACCUCUCUGGGUCCCAUAACUUCUCAUUUUUAUUGCCAACUUAAUUCCUUUGAACAAUGGGGAGAUGCACAUGCUCAGAGGAGACUCCGCGGGUACUGAUUAUCUGUGGGGUCACUCCUGACAUCAGUCUGUUUGGCAGAAAAUUGAGAAACUAGGAGUAGCCGACCUCCAAGGUUCCCACAGGACUGUCUGAUUUAAAGUGCUGGUCUUCUAAUCCCAGCUUUUGACAAUUUGAAAGGGAGAUAGAUCUGCUGAUCGAUUUUUCUCUGCCUCCCCUCCCUCCAUACCCCACCUUCGCUAACUCAGUUACGAGCGAUUUUAUCCAAAGGAAAGGCCACGAAUACUUUCUUAACUGAGAGAAAAGAUAUAUAUAUAUAUAUAUUUUUUCUGAUUACAUCCACACAGGAACAGAAUGCAUGCACCUCUAGAAUGCUAAGCAGCACAUACUGCAGGCUGUUGUUUUUAGGUACACUAGCAGUUGCUCUAGCUUCGAAAGAGGCUUCAUGUUGAUAUGGUUUAAAAAAAAAACAAACUAAUCAUUUUAGGUCGUUAGGAGAACUUACUGUGAGCAGGCUCUUUUAUUGCUUCAAAAGAUGUCUCCCAUUUCAAGCAAGGAACAGCCAUGGCUGAGGGUUCCCUCCCGGCACUUCUUUCUCAGUCACGUUGAGCCUGGCCUAAUCAAAGACUGAGGUUAUGAAGUCGAUCUUAGACGGCCUUGCAGAUACCACCUUCCGUACCAUCACCACAGACCUCCUCUACGUGGGCUCCAAUGACAUUCAGUACGAAGAUAUCAAAGGAGACAUGGCAUCCAAAUUAGGAUACUUCCCGCAGAAAUUCCCUCUAACUUCCUUCAGGGGUAGUCCCUUCCAAGAAAAGAUGACGGCAGGAGACAACUCCCCGUUGGUCCCAGCAGGAGACACAACCAACAUUACAGAGUUCUAUAACAAGUCUCUCUCGUCGUUCAAGGAGAACGAGGACAACAUCCAGUGUGGGGAGAAUUUUAUGGACAUGGAGUGCUUCAUGAUUCUGAAUCCCAGCCAGCAGCUGGCCAUCGCUGUCCUGUCCCUCACCCUGGGCACCUUCACGGUUCUGGAGAACCUGCUGGUGCUAUGUGUUAUCCUUCACUCCCGCAGUCUCCGAUGCAGGCCUUCCUACCACUUCAUUGGCAGCCUGGCAGUGGCCGAUCUCCUGGGAAGCGUCAUCUUUGUCUACAGUUUUGUUGACUUUCACGUGUUCCACCGCAAAGACAGCCCCAAUGUGUUUCUGUUCAAACUGGGUGGGGUUACUGCCUCCUUCACAGCAUCUGUGGGCAGCCUGUUCCUCACGGCCAUCGACAGGUACAUAUCCAUUCACAGGCCUCUGGCCUAUAAGAGGAUCGUCACCAGGCCCAAGGCCGUAGUAGCCUUUUGCUUGAUGUGGACUAUUGCAAUAGUAAUUGCUGUGUUGCCUCUCCUGGGCUGGAACUGCAAGAAGCUGCAAUCCGUUUGCUCGGACAUCUUCCCACUCAUUGAUGAAACCUACCUGAUGUUCUGGAUCGGAGUCACCAGUGUGCUGUUGCUGUUCAUUGUGUAUGCAUACAUGUACAUUCUCUGGAAGGCUCACAGCCACGCAGUCCGCAUGAUCCAGCGUGGAACCCAGAAGAGCAUCAUCAUCCACACCUCAGAAGAUGGCAAGGUGCAGGUGACACGGCCUGACCAAGCCCGCAUGGACAUUAGGCUGGCCAAAACCCUGGUUCUGAUCCUGGUGGUGUUGAUCAUCUGCUGGGGCCCUCUGCUUGCGAUCAUGGUGUAUGAUGUCUUUGGGAAGAUGAACAAGCUUAUCAAGACGGUGUUUGCCUUCUGUAGUAUGCUCUGCCUGCUGAACUCCACCGUGAACCCCAUCAUCUAUGCUCUGAGGAGCAAGGACCUGAGACAUGCUUUCCGCAGCAUGUUCCCUUCAUGUGAAGGCACUGCGCAGCCUCUAGAUAACAGCAUGGGGGACUCAGACUGCCUGCACAAGCACGCCAAUAACACAGCCAGCAUGCACAGGGCCGCGGAAAGCUGCAUCAAGAGCACUGUUAAGAUCGCCAAGGUGACCAUGUCUGUGUCCACAGACACGUCUGCCGAGGCUCUGUGAGCCUGCUGCUUUUGUGACUGCCCAGAAAAAGAAAUUUUUUUUUUUUAGCUUAAAAUUUAGAAGUCUGUUGUCUCAUCGGUUAUAUAUUUUUUAAGUUUACCAUGUUUAGUAAAAUAGUGACUGUCACCAUGCUUACUUAGUUUGCUGACAUCUCAAUAGUUUAGGUACUUAAACUCCAUUCCCCAGGGGUUUACAGUGAAGAAAGUCUAUCUCUGCAGUUACUCGGCGACCCUUCAAAGUCUCUGAAAUAGAAGGGAAAACUUUGGCUUCCAAAUCUGAAGCCUAACUAUCCAUAGAAAACCACCAUGAAAUAAGUAAUGCCUUUGUAACGACAACUUUAAUGAUGCUGUGUCUGUCCAUAGUAUAAAAAAGGUACAUUUUCACGAUAAGUAUAGUGCUAAAGUAGAGAUACUUUGUAACAUGUUUUCUGUCCUGUUAGUUGUGUGUCAAUGUUUACUGUGUGUGUGUGGUUUUUUUUUGUUGUUGUUUUUUUUUUGUUUUUUGUUUUUUUGUCUAGCUUAGCAAAAACAGAAUGUAGCCCUCAUAAGAGCUAUGGCUUACAGGAGUGGUGAUGUAGCAGGGUGACCCCUGUUUAGAUAGUAUUACUGUUCAUGAGACAAUUUUAGAAACCUUAGUAUUUCUUCCAAUAUCCGUAUCUAAAGUUAAUAUUGAAAUAAGCAUAAAGGUUUAUUUUUCUGUUAAAACAACAAGAAAAUUUUGAAGACUGUUCAAAGUAUUGAGCAGAAUUCAAGGACACUUAAAACUGUGUUAGGCCUGCCUUUUCAUAUGAGGACAUUCCAUAUCUUCUGGACCCCAGCUGUUCAGUUGGAUAAUGGAUUAUAAUCAGAAUGGAAAAGAGAAAGCACAUUGACUUUUAAAGCUGACACUCUGACUUCCUGCAGUUGUUGGCUGUAACUGGACCUCUUCAGACAGCAUGUGUCAAUCUUAGUGUACACUGUGACCACUGUGCAGUUGCUGUUUCCUUGACGUGUAUUGCAUCGUUAUGUUCUCGAUUUAAGUAGAUUUCAGGCCUUGAUGGCCAAAAAACCAGUUGUCUUCUUCUUGAGAAGAAAUACUGUCUGACUCAGUAAAAUUGUGCGUGUGAUCGUAAUGUGUAUGUGUGUGUAUGUGUAUGUGCGUGUGUUUGCGUUUCUCUAUCUUGUAACUGUUACAGCAAUGUCCCCCAACUGUUACAGCAAUGUCCCCCAUGAGGAAACUGACCAAGGGUAAACCAUACCACUUGCUGCGCUCUUGCACAUGAACUUAGCUUCUACAGUUGAGCUCUUCAUGAAAUCCUGUUUAUAAAAAUUCUGACUAAAUCUUUUCAGAAGAAUCUUCCCACCUAGGAGACCGGAUUAAGUAUUCUAAUGCCAUGUAGGUGUUCCGUAAGGCCAGCGUUCAGCAAGAAGUCAUCAGUAAGAGGUGCCAAAAAAUAGAGGAUUCUCCCAGGAAGAGGAGAGUGUGGAGGAUGGUGGGCACCUACUAGUAAUCAAGUCCAUGGGAAUGGAAAUCAGUAAGGGGGGUGGUUCUAAGACCUUCUUCUAUACCCGCCCCCUACAGUAGUAAGUUUCAGUGGUGCAUGUCAGCGGUGCAAUCUCAGGUUAAGUAACAACAUGCCAGCUGGUCCAGGCCAUUUCAUUACAGAGGGUGACAGCCCAGUACCUGGCUCUGUUUGGUAUGAUUGGGCUAAGGAAAAGGUAGUGCCUCCUCUACUUGCUGGUAUUAAGAUGUGCCAAAACAUAAAGAUGAGGGUGGCUAGCUUCUGAUGGCAUCUCUGCCGUGGUGCUCAGAAUUGGGCCCUUUUCCGAUAAAGAGAAGUAUUGCUUUUAGGAAGCCACUCUAUCCCGAUAAGUUCUACAGAGAGUCUCUCCUUGUUCAGGUUUUCACCAGCCCCAAGAACUGCAUGGCAUGAAGUGGAGAGCUAGCAUCUGUUGGUGAUUUCUACCAUUUGGGGUUCCCAGCCUGACGGGGCAGUACCCAUUCUUGCAAUCAGUGUGACCUGAGGGCCAAACUAGGAUAUGUCUAGAUUUGGCCUGCUGCAGUCUCUUGCUUUUCUUCUCUGUGCACAGAGGAGGACUCAGUAUUGAGAGAAUACCACCAGGGGCUAGGAAUUGCCAGCUUCGUCCUACAUGAACCUGAAUAUCAACCGACAUGUCUCUAGCUACCAGGCAGUACCAUCUCUUCUCACAGCUACAAAGACCUGGUAGGAAAUUCUAGGUAUAGGUAUUUAAAAAAAAUCCAAGAUUCACUUUUAGAACUGUAUUUGUGUAAAUGCCAUUUUAGUGAUAAGAUUUUAUAGUGUAUUGAACUUUCAAGACCUAACUCAUAUUUAAUAAGCUAAGGGACAAUGGGGCUGACAGCACUAAACUUGGUGCUUAUUGAUACUCUAAGAAAUAUCUGUGAAAUAUCAUCAUGUGUGCGUUAAGCUACCUUCAUUUAAAAGGACUUAAAAUAAGUUGGAUCCACUUUGGCUUUGACCAUAUCAUUUCCUAACCCUACUGACCAAAACAUUCUCCCUAGUGAGUAUUAGUCAUUAGAAUUGCAUUCAUUAGUAUCAUUAAUUAACCAGCCCCUUAAUUAGAUUCAUUACUUUAAAUGAUUUUAAUUUGAUCACUUAUGUACUCUGGCAUCAGGGUUAUCUAUUUCCCUCUGACAUGUGUCCUGAACAUGCAUUCUUCAGUCAUUACUCAUCUUAAAAAGGGGCCAAUUCCCAAACUGUUUGACUUCAUCCAAACAAAGACUGAGUCCUAGACUAGCAGUAUCAGUUAAACAAAGAGAGCUGUCCCUAAGAGCCUCUAGUUUUUCAACUAUGUAUUAAGUGCAUGUAAAAAUCAGUGUGGGUCUGGGCAGCGUAGACAUAUGUCUGUGCCAGAUGACUCCAAAGCUGUCGGAUACUGUCAGGUUUAGCUGGUAUCAAAUGCCAAGGAAUUCUUGCUACCUAAAACCAUCUGCAUGAAAUAGGCCCAAUUACCAGAUGAGAACUAGGUCUCUAGUUACCAUUCAGUUCAUUAAUUUCUGCCAUUCCAUACCCAUAAACAGGACCACUAACAUCAUGCACAAAAUUAGAUUCCUCAUACUCUUGACUGUAUAUUUGUAUGAUAUUUUAAAAUCUCCUAAAUGGCCAUUCACAGUUGCUUUGCACUGGCCUUCCAGUAAAAUGUUAACACACCUAUUGUAAUAUACACAAAGCAUUCUAUCUACUGAUUUGGACUGAAUGUAUGUACAUAGGUUUUACAAGAAAAAGUCAGACAUUGAAGCAGUGGUUUACAGAUCAGUGAUUUUCAGAUAGAGUUUCUUUCAGUUGCUGUGGAAUCUUUAAAAAGCACUCUUAGUGUGAACUUACUGAACUCUAGGGGUCCUGGCGAUCAGAGUCCCCUAGAGAGGAAACCUUUUCUUGUAAUAAUAUGAACCAAGAUACCAGAUUAUCUUGAGUCUCACUUCCAGUGUUUCAAGUGGAAAACGUAUCUCCUUAUUGUCUCUGUAAAUGGAACAUCCUUACUUUCUCUCUUAAAGAAUAUUGUACUGUUAGAUGUUUGUUGAACUGGUAGCAUCAUUGAGACUGCUGUGAUGUCCUUGUCAGUAAUCUGUAUAAUAUUUUGUAUACAAGUACUGGUAAGAUUGUUAUUAAAUGUAGCUCUGGUCAUUAAAUUCCUAAAGCAAAGUAGUACUUCUGUAAUAUUUACAAUGUAUUAAGCCUACAGUAUAUUUUAUUUCAUUGAUGUAAUUUAAUUGUUAUUUAUUCAAGAGAAAGCAGUUCAUCAUGUCUAUUGUCUAAAAUUACCUGGAAUCAAAUAAAAGUUCUAGA